AUCAGCUACACUACAUAGAUAUAUCGUAUUGUAUUACUGUGACGGCGUAAUGGCAUUGUAAAAUUGUGUGAUAAUCGGAACGUGGCUCAUGAUUGUACUGGUAGGGAAGGUAACAGUUGUUAUGUUGGUCGAUUGACUACAUUUAUCAAUUUUGAAUUCGUUGGAUUUGAGUCAUUUGUUUAAUAGGAACUGUCAGCUGUGUCUUCUGUUAUUGGUACACUUUAUUGGGAUAUAUGUAUUUAAUAUUUACGUGAAAUGAGCGAUGAAAACAUUCGGAGGGGCGUAGUUAAUAGUUUUCGUAAAGCUAUUGAUUGUGAGCAACAGAAUAACGAUGUGUCUAUAUUUUAGGAGGCAUAUCGGAAUUAUUUAGAAGGACUUGCGCUUGUAGCUGCAGCCCUUCAGCAAGAUGCAGAGAGUAGUUGGUCCCUUGGAAAUCCAACCCUUACUCCCAAGGAACGAAAGAGUCUUAUUGGGUUUGCAAGGCAAAGUGUUGACCGUCUCGUACUACUUCUUGAUAAACAGGAUCAUGAGUCCAGUAAUGUGUUCAAGGAAACUACAGAAAUUAUGGACAAUGAAGGAGUGAAUCAAAUCUAUAAAGAUUUACCUGCUGAAGGGACAGCUGUACAGAAAUCUUUGGAAAUGGUACCGUCACCUCAGAAAGGAAUUGUCAGAAAAGAAGUUCCAUGUGAACAAAAUUAUGGUAUGAGGUGUGAAGAAUCACCAAUUGCACGUAUGCAGCAUGAGAAUAAAUUACUGAUGGCACGUUACUCAUCGAGGCUUCAGGCUGCCUCAACAGCCAUACAGCGUCAGAAUUUACAGUUAGAACUUGAGCGUCGCCUCACAGAAAAUGCUGCUAUUGCUCGACAGCGACAGGAAGUGUGGGAACAGCGUCGAAGUGAAGUUGCUGCUCGUUGUCUUAAAAUUGCAGAGAUAAAAUUUAAAAUCAAUGAAAAAAUUAAGAGUGGAACAAUCACUGAAAUGGACUUCAAAAAGCAUAGAGUGUAUGCUGCAGCAUUGCAGUAUGAGGAAGAAAAUUUUUGGCUGAAGAAAUCUAAACAGGAUAUACUGUUUCAUCCACAAGAUGAGAAACUGCAGAGGGACAUCAUUAGUCAAAUUCUUUUUGACCGUGUUCAUCCGAUUGGUUGUCUUCUCUGCCAAAUGCAGUAUGCUGUCUUAGAUAAAGUAAAUCCAAUAAUUACAAAACACCAGACAUUAUUAGUUCAAAAACACAAUAAUACAAGGUGCAGUAAUGGGAACUGCAUUGACACAAGGCAUCAGAUAUUGUCUGGCAUUGACCAUGGUUUGUGUAAUCUCUCAAUGAAUGGCUCUGAUGACCAUGAGGCUGCAAGGAAACAUGAUGCGAGUGAAGAGACGAUAGUUCAAGAGGAGUGGCAGGCAUUCUACAGACACUUCCAGAACAUUGCUAUUGACAUAAGACACGAUAUUAAGCUUCUUGAGACCUUGCUGAUUAGUCUGAUUGAGCCACUUAACACAGAGAAAGGCCGAGUAAUUGUCACGGAAAUGUUGCACCAGGUCUAUUUUGCUCCCAUCAAAUCAUACUUAAUUGUCCUUCUCAGGCUUAUUACACAUGAAGAUGAACUUGAAUUUGAGGCCGCAAUGUUGACAAAAGAUGAUAGUACUGAGAUGGGAUCAGUUGAGGAGGACAUCAGCAGACAAGUGUGUGGCAUGUUACAACAUUUGAUAUCGCUACACAGCCCAUGCCAGAUGCUUGAUAUCCUGGUCACAGUACUUAAAUUGCUGGCUUCAACAUCUGAUGAGAACAACUACUGCAAGUCAUUGGGUGCAGAUGAUCUUCUUCCAAGGCUGACAUCUGUCGUUAUUUCAUGUGGACUUCCAAGCUUGUUGGCUGAGGUCAUGUACAUGGAGAACUUCAUGCCAACUGACAGAGCACUUGGAGAGGGUGGUUAUUCUUUAACAGUUCUUCAGAGUGUCAUGUCAUCCCUCUUACCACAUUCAAAUUGAAAUGUUUUAAAUUUGUACAUUAUCUUUUGUAGAGGUGCAUCUUGGGACAUUCCCAGAUUAAUGUUUGCUUCCUGACAAAUGGAUUAGCAACAGGCCUGUAGGUGUGUCAGAUUUGUUAUCACUUGACAUGUAGUACAUAUUUUUAAUAUUUCUUCUGACAAGGGCUUGUCUUAAAGCCUAAUCUUUAUAAAGAGGGUUUCAUGAUGUUCAGGAAGAAAUUUAAUUAAAAUGAAUACGCGUUGCAGGCAAUUAAAUAUCUGAAAACUCAAACAUUAUCCACACAAUGAAACAGCAUUUAAUUAAGUCUGUUUCAUAUUGCCAUUCGUAUCACAAUAAUGUGAAUCAAACUUGUAAUUUAAUGCAAUGAAAUUAUAUACAGAGUGCUUCAAAAAAUGUUAACACAUAUGUGCUUUCCUAAAUUUAAAUUAUUUACAGUACAAAAUGUAAGUGGAAAGCCUCAAUGAGUUUCAGCUUGUGCUUCACCAAUGUUCACACAUGUCUGGAAACCUUCCAAAGCUUGUUCUAGAGCCCUGAAGCACAUUUGUGGAGGUAUCGAGGCUAUGGCAGCUUUUAUCUUUGCUCAACAUUCAUGCACAUCUUUUGGUUUGCUGACAUACAUACACUUUUACCAUGCCACACAGUUGAAUGUGGAAGACCUUGUUUGUCACUGAAUUAUCUGUAGGUUUUUUCAAGGGCUUUGCAAAAAUACUUGUGUUAAAGCUGUGUUGGUAAUAUGUAUGUCCUUGGAUGACCACUGUUGCCUUUGUAAUUGUCUAUGGAUCUAGUUUUUACAUACUUAUUAUACAUGUGCAUUUGCAUGUAUGCUAAUGUUUUCUGUAUUGGUCUUAGUUUCUGAAGCUGAACUGUCAUGACCUGUGGGUGGGAAAGGUGGUUACUGCUCCUUCGUUCUUGAGGAAGGACAAGUAGAGACUAAGAUUGCUACCGUUAUACUCCAUAAACUCCUUUGAGCUGUUUGAAUAUUUUACAUCAAAACUUUAACCAUUACAACUAAAUCCACUUCUUGGUUGUGCUAUUUCCAACAUAACUAUAGUGAUUAUAUUACCAUGACCAGACUUUUUUUUAAUGUGGAUGUGGUAGCAUUUCCUCCAGCACUGCUUUCAUUGAUGUAGUACUAUAAUUUGGUUUCCAGACCAUCAUAUAUGUUUUCGCAAACAGUUUUGAACAUAUUUUGUAUUCAAAAUUCCUUUUAUUUCAAAAGUUUGUUACAACAAUAACUUUUUAUUUUCUGCUUUACUUUUAUUUGACAAGUCUACAACUGGACUCUCAGAUUCUUAACAAGAUUGCUACUUUCAGAAGGGAACUUUGCAUUAUUUGUGCAUGUACUGAUCUCUUGUAGUUUAAAUUAUUACAAUAACAAUGAAAUGUUGAAGCACUUUCCAUGUGGAGUAACAGGGGGCAAAUUACUUAAAAUCCCAAUGUUUUUCAUAAUAAAGAUCACAUAUCAAUGUC